AUGUUCACUGGUCAGCCCGUGUACCCUGGACAACAGAUGUAUGCAGUUCCAGGUGCCGUGACUAGGCUCCCAUCUCGUGUCUCUUACGUGACGAGUGGUGCUGAGAUCCGCGGCAUGGCUGCCCCAGCUGUGGCUUAUCCACAGAUGGCACCACAGAUCUAUGCUCCGUCAGCAAUGGUCUCCCCUGGAAUGCAGACUCAGACAAGGGUUGUGACCCUGAGUGUAUCGGAGGCUGAGGUUCUUCUGGCACAAAAGGCUUGGUCAGAUGCAAUCAAACACAUUUCCAAGACCUAUCUUGAGGGAGGCGACUACGUUGCAGCUGCUGCCAAAGCAGCCGGUGAGCUCUAUGGCUAUGGCCACUCUGAUUACACUUUCGGCUACAAGAAGAAUGCGGACGGCAAGGUGCGCAUCUUCCUCCACCAUUCGUCAGUGCCAUACAGCGUGCCUGCAGCCACUGCAUCUGGAGCGAUUACUGAAGAGGAAGUAAAGAGUGUGCAGGCAGCAUGGGCCAAUGCCAUCAGGAGUAUCUCCAAGACUUAUCUUGACGGUGCGACUAAUUUUGCCAGCUGCUGCCAAAUCAGCCGUGAGCUCUAUGGCUUGGACGACACAGAUGUGGCGCAAUCUUCCUCCACCACUCCUCAUUUGCCAUCAGCGUGGCCUGCAGCCACUGCAUCUGGGCGAUUACUGGAAGAGGAAGUAAAGAGUGUGCAAGCAGCAUGGGCCAAUGCCAUCAGGAGCAUCUCCAAGACUUAUCUUGACGGAGGCGACUACGUUGCAGCUGCUGCCAAAGCAGCCGGUGAGCUCUAUGGCUAUGGACACACAAAUGUGCUGUUCAAGCCAACCAAGACCAAAGUUGAGUACACUUUUGGCUACAAGAAGAAUGCGGAUGGCAAGGUGCGUAUCUUCCUCCACCACUCCUCAGUGCCAUACAGCGUGCCUGCAGCCACUGCAUCUGGGGGGGUGCGCGUUCGCUUCGGCCGUAUUUUUCAAUCGCUUUGGUCAUCUGGAGCGAUUACUGAAGGGGAAGUAAAGAGUGUGCAGGAAGCAUGGGCCAAUGCCAUCAAGAGUAUCUCCAAGACUUAUCUUGACGGAGGCGACUACGUUGCAGCUGCUGCCAAAGCAGCCGGUGAGCUCUAUGGCUAUGGACACACAAAUGUGCUGUUCAAGCCAACCAAGACCAAAGUUGAGUACACUUUCGGCUACAAGAAGAAUGCGGACGGCAAGUUGGCUCAAACUCGCUUUCUGAACGCCAAGAAAGGUACCACCCCCACCAGCUAUUAUAUCCUCACUCCAGAUGAUGAUGUUUAUGUGGAGGAGUUGGAUCCUGGAGUCAGUGAUGGGCCAGCAAGGACACGUAUCAAAGGAGAUACCUUCAACUACUGGAGCCGUUUCAGAGAAGGUACUUACAGGUUCUCCCAGGGUGUUGAUGAUGAUGAAUUCAAGAGGUCGAUUGAGAUCGCCAUUAAGGAGUCCAAAGAUGCCGGGACUUGGGACGAUUCCAAAGUCCCUCCCACUUUGCUCGAUCGCAAGGGCCGCGAAGUCUCAACCACUGCCUACCUAGGGCGCGUCGUUUCUCGUCGCCGAAUGACUGGCAAGGGGCUUCAUCAAGGGCCCCAACUUGCGGCUGGCCUUGGAGUUGCAGACUAUGACCCCGACCUCAAGAGCAGAAUGAAACCUUUGGUGGUUGCCCCCGAGGGGUAUGUUUGGAUAUCAGAGGAGGCUUCAAAGGCGGUAGGACUUGGAGAGGAGUUGCUAGUAGAACGGGGUCGAGGUGUUAUGGUUAGCGAUGAGGUUGGCUUGGUGAUGUUGCGAGGAGAUUGGAUCAAAGGCAGGUUGAAGAAGGUCGUGGAUGUCCCUUCAUAUGCUGAGGAGCUGAAGGGUCGAUAUAUGGAUACAGCGCUUCCUGCGUUGGAGGAGUUGGAGACUGGCGCAGCAGCAGGAGUUUCAAAGGCCGACGACGAGGAGGCCGAGGCACCUGAGGACAUCCGAAUCCUCAGAGUGGACUAUGAUAGCCAGGGCGAUAGAUAUAAGGAUUACAAAGAAUCUGUCCGGGAACUGUCUGAACACUCUUUCCCUGAUUGGCCUCAUGAAGGACCCAUGUCAGUGCUCCAUUUGGCCAAGCACAUGCUGAGGAGUGGUGGCGACCCGAAGUCCUGGUUGAAUGAGUGGUCCCGCGCCAAGGAAGUGGGCGAACAGGAUCGUGUGAUGUACGAGCUUCGGACGCUCGUUGAGGCCUUCCAUUACGCUUGCACAUACGAUCAACUCAAUGUGGCAUCCCUGUCGAGUUUUGAGACUCUUGCUCGUCGAGUUCAAGCCAUAGUUGAUGCUUAUGCCUCUGGCCCUCGAGGAAGCCCAGACUGGGGCUCAGCUCGGUACUUGACCGGCUACAAGGGCCCAGAGGGCCAACCUUUUCACCAGGGGGCAGGGAAGCUGAGGGCUUCUCCGGGCAAUCGCGACUUGUUUCCUCUGCCAUUGCCCGAAUCAGUGUGCCAAUCCUUCUCUUUGAGCCGACGGUCACAGCAAAGGUUUGAUCGGAAGAGGCUGUUGGAGGAGGACGUCCGGGAAGCCACAAAAGGGUUGAACUGGAUGAAUGGUUUUUCACAGACUUUUGAAUUCAAUGAUGUUGGACCAGAUUCAAUGCAACGAGAGGUUCUGGAUCGGGUUCGGCACCUGUGCAAGACGGCAGUCGACGUCGGCACCUUUGCCAAGGUCGACCACCCGGAGGCAGCCCUCAAGGCGCUGCUCCAAGGGAGGUCUGAGUAUCAAGACCAUGACUUCCCUGUGUCACUGGCACGAUUUGACCUUGAACGCAUCUCCCUUCCGGAUACCCUUGAAGGGGUACCGGAGGUAGCUUCAGUGCUGCCUGAGGAGGCCCGUCAAUAUUUGAAUUCGCCGGAGCACAUGGUCAAGGAUGAGGAGUUGAGGGAGGAGCCUAUAUUGAAGAUUCGAAUGAUUGUGGAUGCCCGUCCGGCCAACCAGCUGUUCAAGGCGCCGCCGGGCGUCCAGCUAUGCACUUCAGAGGGUUUUUCUAGGAUGGAGAUCGAGGUGCCCCCUGAUAUAAUCCCUGGGACAGAGGAGUUUGCAGCAUAUUUGAAAGGUCGAGGUCUCUAUUUUGGUCUGGCGGAUGUGAAAGAUUGUUUUCAUCGGCUUAGGCAACCAAAAUGGCUAUCAGAGUAUUUUUGCUGGGACCCCAUUCCUGCCCACUGGAUUUCAGACAUGGUUGGUGUUCAUCUGGAUGGCAUCCCUUUGGACAGAGGAGAGCAAGUAUUCCCGAUGCCGGCCUCGUUGUGUAUGGGUUUUUCUUGGUCAUUGUAUUUCGCUCAGAUGGCGAAUGAACACCUCAUGACCCGAGUUCCUACACUGGCAGGUUCGACGGCUGUUUCCGACAGAGGGCCGCCGGUGGUCUUCAAAGCUGAGGAGGUUGGCGCUGUCAGACAUUAUGUUUAUGUUGACAACUUAGGCAUUAUCAGUCCUCACCAAGGUAUCGUCCAGGAGGGUCUUAAAGAGCUAGGGCCGGAGUUCGAUGAGCGGGGUCUUAUUUUGCAUCCUGGUGAGAUUCAACAUGAGGAGAUACAUGCCUUAGGAGUUUUCAUGAAGGGGGAUUUGAUGGCGGCCAGGAUUUCUCCAAAGCGUCAUUGCCGCCUCAAACAAGCUAUUACAGGAGUGCUGAGGAGGCGAAAGAUUUCUGGACGACUGCUGGAAAUCGUUCUCGGUCAUAUCACGUCUUGUUGCCUGUGCAAUCGCCAAUUGUUGUGCAUCUUCUCGUCUAUCUAUAAAUUUGUGAGGAGGAACUACUUUGAGGCUGUUCCACUCUGGGAUAGUGUUAGAGAGGAGCUAGAAGCCUUUCGAGGGUUGAUGGUUUUCUUGCAUAGCGACUGGUGGCGAAGCUGGAAUCCAUUGGUUUCAUCCUCAGACGCCUCCUUGGAAGGCUUCGGGGUGUCUACAGCCUUCUGGCCUAUUGAGGAGGUGAAGAAGGUGGGAAGACAGGUGGAACGUGCUCGGUUUAGGAGACCAUCUACCACUCAUGCUAGGCACAGUGCAUUAGGAGCAGCAGGGUUUGUUCAAGACGAACUCACAAAGAAGUGGAGAAGUAGAGAACUAGAUGAUGAGGAGUUUGUUGAAGCCAGUGGCUGGGAGAUCAACCCCGCCUUCACUGAGGUGCCAUCUGAGUUGCUGGCCAAGCAGCUUUGGGAGCCGAAGCUCUGGGGCCGGUGGAGCUUUGAAGCCGGGAUCCUGGAGCUGGAGGGUAGGGCGCUGGUGAAGAGCUUGAAGAGGGUUGCACUCUCUAGAUUUGGUAAGGAUAUUAGACAGCGGAGAACCAGAGCUGCGGAGAAGACAGGGGUCCUGAAGGGUGCCUGUCCGAAGACACGCGCAUCCAGCAGCACAAGUCUGGCCGCCCCAAACCUGGGACGGGAUCUGGCCUCUCCCAAGGCACACUACCUUCCAGGGAGGUCAUCAGGCUUCAGCCUGCUGGGCUUGGACCUGCCAAGCUUCAAAGGGCCGGCAGCCAGGAAGAGGGAGGGCUCUUCAUCCAGUACGAGCGAGACCAGCCAUGCCAAGCCUACCAAGGGGAAGGUCCACUCUCGAGAUCGAGUGGAUCAAGUGAUGGGCAGUGGCAUCUUGACGCUGCUGGAGAAGAAUGCGGUUGGUCCGCAGACCUCAAAGAGCUAUGCCAAGGCGUUGGAGGAGUUCAGCCGAUUUGGCAUUCCCAGAGGCUUGGAUUGGGAGGAUGCCGACAAAGUGGACAAGUUGACUGUGGAUUUCCUGAACGAGAUGAUGUGGCGUGCAGUGAGGGGCUUCAGAAAGCUCACGCCCGGCAAGAGCCGGUUGGCGUAUCCCCUUCCAGUUUGGGCGGCAAUGGCAGUCCAACUCAAACUGGCGGGCUACCUGAGGAUGGCCCUGUUUGUCCUCGUGUCCGUCUCAAGCUAUGCGAGGCCCUCGGAGUUGCUGCGGAUGAGGUUGUUCAGUUUGGUACGGCCGGUGGCGGGUGUGACCACGAGCUGGGCCUUGCUGCUCAGCCCAGAAGAGUCCGAGCAAAGGUCAAAAACAGGGGAGUUCGAUGUGAACAUUGCGGUCGACAGCCCAUACCUCCUCCCAUGGAUUCACCGAUUCUUCACUCACCUCAAGAAGGGUCAUCCCGAGGAGGCGCUUUGGGACUUCAACUACGACGAGUACCGAAAAGAGUUCAGCAAGGCAGCCGAGGUCUUGGGACUGGACAUCACUCCUUAUCAGACCCGGCACUCCGGUCCAAGCAUAGACCGGGCCAAGAAGUGGAGAUCGCAGCACGAAGUUCAGAAGCGAGGGCAGUGGAAGAGCCAGAAAAGUAUCAACCGAUACGAGAAAAGCGCCAGGUUGGCGGCGACCUUCGACAGUCUUCCAAUUGCUCUUCAAUCCCACUGCCGUCUCUGCGAGCAAGACCUUUCGGAAAUCAUGUGUGGUACCCUCCAACCGCACAGGCACUUCCUGUUGACCGGGUCAGGGCCUGGUGGUCGCCCAUGGACCAAGAUUGCUGAUCUGGUGAAGGUCAUGUGCUUUCCAGUGGAUGGUGGACGGAUUGUGCGAAGGAACUUUUCAAAGGCUUGGACGUGGGCAGCUGGUGUGGCUUAUCCACAGAUGGCACCACAGAUCUAUGCUCCGUCAGCAAUGGUCUCCCCUGGAAUGCAGACUCAGACAAGGGUUGUGACCCUGAGUGUAUCGGAGGCUGAGGUUCUUCUGGCACAAAAGGCUUGGUCAGAUGCAAUCAAACACAUUUCCAAGACCUAUCUUGAGGGAGGCGACUACGUUGCAGCUGCUGCCAAAGCAGCCGGUGAGCUCUAUGGCUAUGAUGGAAGCAAGACCAAAGUUGAGUACACUUUCGGCUACAAGAAGAAUGCGGACGGCAAGGUGCGCAUCUUCCUCCACCACUCCUCAGUGCCAUACAGCGUGCCUGCAGCCACUGCAUCUGGAGCGAUUACUGAAGAGGAAGUAAAGAGUGUGCAGGCAGCAUGGGCCAAUGCCAUCAGGAGUAUCUCCAAGACUUAUCUUGACGGAGGCGACUAUGUUGCAGCUGCUGCCAAAGCAGCCGGUGAGCUCUAUGGCUAUGAUGGAAGCAAGACCAAAGUUGAGUACACCUUCGGCUACAAGAAGAAUGCGGAUGGCAAGGUGCGCAUCUUCCUCCACCACUCGUCAGUGCCAUACAGCGUGCCUGCAGCCACUGCAUCUGGAGCGAUUACUGAAGAGGAAGUAAAGAGUGUGCAGGCAGCAUGGGCCAAUGCAAUCAGGAGUAUCUCCAAGACUUAUCUUGACGGAGGCGACUACGUUGCAGCUGCUGCCAAAGCAGCCGGUGAGCUCUAUGGCUAUGGACACACAAAUGUGCUGUUCAAGCCAACCAAGACGAAAGUUGAGUACACUUUCGGCUACAAGAAGAAUGCGGACGGCAAGGUGCGCAUCUUCCUCCACCACUCGUCAGUGCCAUACAGCGUGCCUGCAGCCACUGCAUCUGGAGCGAUUACUGAAGAGGAAGUAAAGAGUGUGCAGGCAGCAUGGGCCAAUGCCAUCAGGAGUAUCUCCAAGACUUAUCUUGACGGAGGCGACUAUGUUGCAGCUGCUGCCAAAGCAGCCGGUGAGCUCUAUGGCUAUGAUGGAAGCAAGACGAAAGUUGAGUACACUUUCGGCUACAAGAAGAAUGCGGAUGGCAAGGUGCGAUCUGGUGAUGGCCCUGUGCUUUCCAGUGGAUGGUGGACGGAUUGUGCGAAGGAGCUUUUCAAAGGCUUGGACGUGGGCAGGAUACUGAAGGUGUUUUCUGCUUCCAUCGUGUUAGCAUCUAGCAAUGUUCACUGGACAGCCGUGUACCCUGGACAACAGAUGUAUGCAGUUCCAGGUGCCGUGACUACGCUCCCAUCUCGUGUCUCUUACGUGACGAGUGGUGCUGAGAUCCCUGGCGGCAUGGCUGCCCCAGCUGGUGUGGCUUAUCCACAGAUGGCACCACAGAUCUAUGCUCCGUCAGCAAUGGUCUCCCCUGGAAUGCAGACUCAGACAAGGGUUGUGACCCUGAGUGUAUCGGAGGCUGAGGUUCUUCUGGCACAAAAGGCUUGGUCAGAUGCAAUCAAACACAUUUCCAAGACCUAUCUUGAGGGAGGCGACUACGUUGCAGCUGCUGCCAAAGCAGCCGGUGAGCUCUAUGGCUAUGGCCACUCUGAUGUGCUGUUCAAGCCAACCAAGACCAAAGUUGAGUACACUUUCGGCUACAAGAAGAAUGCGGACGGCAAGGUGCGCAUCUUCCUCCACCACUCGUCAGUGCCAUACAGCGUGCCUGCAGCCACUGCAUCUGGAGCGAUUACUGAAGAGGAAGUAAAGAGUGUGCAGGCAGCAUGGGCCAAUGCCAUCAGGAGUAUCUCCAAGACUUAUCUUGACGGAGGCGACUACGUUGCAGCUGCUGCCAAAGCAGCCGGUGAGCUCUAUGGCUAUGGACACACAAAUGUGCUGUUCAAGCCAACCAAGACCAAAGUUGAGUACACUUUCGGCUACAAGAAGAAUGCGGACGGCAAGGUGCGCAUCUUCCUCCACCACUCCUCAGUGCCAUACAGCGUGCCUGCAGCCACUGCAUCUGGAGCGAUUACUGAAGAGGAAGUAAAGAGUGUGCAGGCAGCAUGGGCCAAUGCCAUCAAGAAUGGCAGCAAGACCAAAGUUGAGUACACUUUCGGCUACAAGAAGAAUGCGGACGGCAAGGUGCGCAUCUUCCUCCACCACUCCUCAGUGCCAUACAGCGUGCCUGCAGCCACUGCAUCUGGAGCGAUUACUGAAGAGGAAGUAAAGAGUGUGCAAGCAGCAUGGGCCAAUGCCAUCAGGAGCAUCUCCAAGACUUAUCUUGAGGGAGGCGACUACGUUGCAGCUGCUGCCAAAGCAGCCGGUGAGCUCUAUGGCUAUGGUGCCGUGACUACGCUCCCAUCUCGUGUCUCUUACGUGACGAGUGGUGCUGAGAUCCCUGGCGGCAUGGCUGCCCCAGCUGUGGCUUAUCCACAGAUGGCACCACAGAUCUAUGCUCCGUCAGCAAUGGUCUCCCCUGGAAUGCAGACUCAGACAAGGGUUGUGACCCUGAGUGUAUCGGAGGCUGAGGUUCUUCUGGCACAAAAGGCUUGGUCAGAUGCAAUCAAACACAUUUCCAAGACCUAUCUUGAGGGAGGCGACUACGUUGCAGCUGCUGCCAAAGCAGCCGGUGAGCUCUAUGGCUAUGAUGGAAGCAAGACCAAAGUUGAGUACACUUUCGGCUACAAGAAGAAUGCGGACGGCAAGGUGCGCAUCUUCCUCCACCACUCCUCAGUGCCAUACAGCGUGCCUGCAGCCACUGCAUCUGGAGCGAUUACUGAAGAGGAAGUAAAGAGUGUGCAGGCAGCAUGGGCCAAUGCCAUCAGGAGUAUCUCCAAGACUUAUCUUGAGGGAGGCGACUAUGUUGCAGCUGCUGCCAAAGCAGCCGGUGAGCUCUAUGGCUAUGGACACACAAAUGUGCUGUUCAAGCCAACCAAGGCAGCUGAAGCACAGUUUCGACCCACAGCCUCAGAUGCCAUGUCCUACUUUGUUGGGCACAAGGCGGUCGAGAAGGGUUAUCUUGAGGAUGCUGGCUUCGCCAUCAACGGUGGAAAGGGAUGGUCAAAUGUGGUUUUUGACAACCACCAAAUUGAUGUCACUGGCAAUGUUGCCAUUGCCAUGGGCAACUACUUCUUCACCAGCGCUGCAGAUGGAAGCAAGACCAAAGUUGAGUACACUUUCGGCUACAAGAAGAAUGCGGAUGGCAAGGUGCGCAUCUUCCUCCACCACUCCUCAGUGCCAUACAGCGUGCCUGCAGCCACUGCAUCUGGAGCGAUUACUGAAGAGGAAGUAAAGAGUGUGCAAGCAGCAUGGGCCAAUGCCAUCAGGAGCAUCUCCAAGACUUAUCUUGACGGAGGCGACUACGUUGCAGCUGCUGCCAAAGCAGCCGGUGAGCUCUAUGGCUAUGGACACACAAAUGUGCUGUUCAAGCCAACCAAGGCAGCUGAAGCACAGUUUCGACCCACAGCCUCAGAUGCCAUGUCCUACUUUGUUGGGCACAGAGCGGUCGAGAACGGUUAUCUUGAGGAUGCUGGCUUCGCCAUCAACGGUGGAAAGGGAUGGUCAAAUGUGGUUUUUGACAACCACCAAAUUGAUGUCACUGGCAAUGUUGCCAUUGCCAUGGGCAACUACUUCUUCACCAGCGCUGCAGAUGGAAGCAAGACCAAAGUUGAGUACACUUUCGGCUACAAGAAGAAUGCGGACGGCAAGGUGCGCAUCUUCCUCCACCACUCCUCAGUGCCAUACAGCGUGCCUGCAGCCACUGCAUCUGGGGGGGUGCGCGUUCGCUUCGGCCGUAUUUUUCAAUCGCUUUGGUCAUCUGAGCGAUUACUGAAGGGAAGUAAAGAGUGUGCAGGAAGCAUGGGCCAAUGCCAUCAAGAGUAUCUCCAAGACUUAUCUUGACGGAGGCGACUACGUUGCAGCUGCUGCCAAAGCAGCCGGUGAGCUCUAUGGCUAUGGACACACAAAUGUGCUGUUCAAGCCAACCAAGGCAGCUGAAGCACAGUUUCGACCCACAGCCUCAGAUGCCAUGUCCUACUUUGUUGGGCACAGAGCGGUCGAGAAGGGUUAUCUUGAGGAUGCUGGCUUCGCCAUCAACGGUGGAAAGGGAUGGUCAAAUGUGGUUUUUGACAACCACCAAAUUGAUGUCACUGGCAAUGUUGCCAUUGCCAUGGGCAACUACUUCUUCACCAGCGCUGCAGAUGGAAGCAAGACCAAAGUUGAGUACACUUUCGGCUACAAGAAGAAUGCGGACGGCAAGGUGCGCAUCUUCCUCCACCACUCCUCAGUGCCAUACAGCGUGCCUGCAGCCACCAAAGUGCAGUCCCCAAGCUUGGUGACAACUUUGCAGCCAACAUUGGUUGGAGCAUAGAUUUGAUCUCUGAGAGGCCUGCUUUGGUCACAUCUUUAGUUUUUUUUCGAUGCUGACGGUGACUUGAAACAGUUGCCUGGUCUGGUGCUUUGAAACAAUUUGAAACAGCUUUAUUGCACUUUUCUGCACGUUUGAGGCUUUUUAGGUUUGUCCUUUGUCCAGCUUUUGCCUCAAGCAUUUUUGUGCAGUAUCAAAUUAUUUAAAUUUUAAUGAUAGAUUUUUUUAGCCGGACCUAGGAGCCGGCGCCGCGGGGAUGAACCAUUCCCACCAGAGGAGGUAUCUUUCGAAGUUUUGGGAAGGGCCAAUGGGCUGUCAAAGGCCCGCGCUCUUCAGCCAAGCAGCCAGUACAUAGCUGUGCUUUGCUUGGAGACCCUUGCAGCUUUUCGCAAUCGCCCGCCUC